AAAAAAAAAAAAAUCAUUUUGUUUUUGAAUGACUUGGCUUUAACUUUAAAACAUGUCUGCCUGCCCAACAGGAGGACAGUGAGAUCAACACAACCCCAAAAGUGUCAGCCUGUAGCACACCAGACAUGCCCAGGAAACCAUGGGAAAGAACGAACACCAUGAAUGGUAGCAAAUCUCCAGUGAUUGGAAGACGAGAGUCUCCGUGGAGAAAUCCCAUGGGAGCAGAUUCCUCCUCCAGACCCAAAUCCACCCCGACACCCACUGCAUCCUUAAGUGCCAACGGUGUGCCAACAGAAACGGUUGACUAUGACAGAUUGAAACAGGAUAUCCUUGAUGAAAUGAGAAAGGAGCUGUCCAAACUAAAAGAAGAGCUCAUUGAUGCAAUCAGGGAGGAGUUGGGCAAGUCCAGCACCGCGUAGAGGAUCCAAACUCCCUUUUCCUAAAACACCCACACCCAUGUGACCAGAAAGCCAACCACAGUCCGUUUAUGACCAGACAGCAAGCAAUCACAAAGAUGGAGACUUUGAUGAGAAUCGCUUUAUCCCACAGAAAGGACAGCAUUCGGUGUCUGAUGGAGCAGCAGGUUGGAAGUAGGAAGAUGCUACUUACUGACUCCCCCCUCAGCCCCCCCCCCCCCCCCCCCCCCCCCACCUCCCUGCCAAGGGCAUCGCCUCCUGGGGGACCGGGCACAGUCUGCCAGAGAAGCGACUGUCUUUAUGCAAACACGGUUUCUCUUUUUGUAUCCCCUACGGUAACAACGGCACCUAAAUGCAACGUCGAACUCCUCACUGAUGCUGUAGUGACCCCUGAUGCUCACAGUCAGAACUCCUGGAAUUUCCUAUCAGAUGUUUUGAUGAACUUGGAGACAGGAAGAAAUCUGGGACAGAACUAAAAAAAAAAAAAAACAGACUUUUUUCCCCAUAAUGCCAUUGGGGUAGCGCGUGUGUGUGGCUGAGUGUGAGCGCGUAUGAGGGACUGCCAGUCUCUGCUGUAGUCCCACUCCGCAGGACACUGUAAAGCUCGUCUUCCUCAAAUGCUAUUUUAACCUGAAUAUGUACAAAACAAAGAGAGAGUUAUUUAGAGAGAGUAUCUAUCAACCACGUCUGUUUGGUCUAGAUCUAUAGUACGGCCAUAUCUAGUAGCUCAAUAAUCCCUCAUGUCUGUCAGUUGGUGGGCUCCUAACCUGAGGUGUUUUUAUUCUGUCUGAAUUAGUUUCCACUCAUUUAUUUCUCUGUAACAUUCAGCAGCAGGUGGAUGAGACUCUUUAGGAUGGGCGCCCCCUGCUAGGAUGGCGCCAUGGCGAUACGGGGUCAUACUCAUCCUUUGUUACACCUGAGUGCUCUGUUGUUGGUUCGUCAGUGCGAUAGGAUCACAAAGUCUGCCACGAAACUGCAUUAAGCGUCUUGAGUUUUAUUACAAGCAAUAAGUGUAGCAUUAGCUCCAAUGCCCUGACUCGCCAUCCCUGCGCCGCCGCGGCUUUUCACGCAUCGCCUUUGGUGGAUAAAAACCAUCAGAGCACUGUAAACAUCCCCCAUUCUGAAAAUCACCAAACUCAUUUUGUUUUUUAGCUUUUUUUAUUCUAUCAAACCCAAUGAUAAUAUAUAACCAUACAUCCAUAACCUUUAACUGUAGAGAACCUUUCCCCAUGCAGCCCACAUGCAUGUCCAUCUACGGACGCAGGCGUGCCAUUUUCUUCCCUCCUCCAUUGCUCACUGAGGAGCUUUCUUUUUUGUUUUUUGUUUUUUUUCAAACAUAAAACUAAGUUUUCCCAGUCCUGUUAUCGACUAAACACGUGGAGUUCACUUUGACUCUUUCUAUUUAGUCCAAAACUCAAAGUACAAUCAACUUGAGAGGGGUGUGUUGCAAGCUUAGAGGCUGAUUUCCAGAUUACAGAUUAGAGAUUAGAGGUCAGAUGACCCAUUUAAAGGCCACGUUACAGCUCAGUAUUCCGGUUUUGUCUGAAUGAGAUCCUGAAGAGGGAGAGCUUCAUCAUCACAGCGUAACCUAAAAAAUGCCUUAGGGCCGAGCGCCUGGAUCUGUAGGGGAAACUGAUUGGUCUCGCAUCCAGUUGGAUUCUCCUCAAACAGCUACAACCUGAGGAGGAACCAGAGCAGCGUUCAAAAAAUGUCCUGCUGUGCGGCGACGACGUGAACCCUUUCCAACUUCCCACCAGGUUUGAUUACAGAG